CGGGCCAAUGGGAACAAGGGUGGGUUAGGGCUGCAGGCCAAUGGCGGCCGGCGAAGCAGUGGGCUGUGGGGGGCCGGGCCAGCGGCUCCAGCCUGGUUGGCAGCUGCGGCGCAGAGUCCAGCCGCUGGUGUGCCGAGCGGUUCAGUCUCCCGAGCGGUUCGGCUCUGCCAUUCGCCUAGGCGCCCAGGCCCGGUGCGCGCGUGCGUGAGCGCGCCUGCGCCGCCCGGGCCGCUGCAAGGGGAGGAGAGCGGCUGCCUCAGAAAGUACUCAAUGCUGAAACCUUUCACAGUGACAUUAGAGACGCUGGAAGCAUCAUGGAUGGAUUUUACGAUCAGCAAGUCCCUUUUAUGGUCCCAGGGUCCCGCUCUGAGGAGUGUCGAGGGCGGCCUGUGAUUGACAGAAAGAGGAAGUUUUUGGACACAGACCUGGCUCAUGAUUCUGAAGAGUUGUUUCAAGAUCUCAGUCAACUUCAAGAGGCUUGGUUGGCUGAAGCACAAGUUCCUGAUGAUGAACAGUUUGUCCCAGAUUUCCAGUCUGAUAACUUGGUGCUUCAUGCCCCUCCUCCAACCAAGAUCAAACGCGAGCUGCACAGCCCCUCCUCAGAGCUGUCAUCCUGUAGUCACGAGCAGGCUCUUGGUGCUAACUAUGGAGAAAAGUGCCUCUACAACUAUUGUGCCUAUGAUAGGAAGCCUCCCUCCGGGUUCAAGCCAUUAACCCCUCCCACCACUCCCCUGUCUCCCACCCAGCAGAACCCCCUCUUUCCCCCACCUCAGGCUGCUCUGUCCUCCUCAGCACAUGCUCCCACAGCUGGCCAAGUGCAAUCCGUGGGCCCUGCACCCGCCUCCCAUGCGCUUCCAGAGCCUGGACCACAGCAACAAACGUUUGCCGUCCCCCGGCCACCACAUCAGCCCCUGCAGAUGCCAAAGAUGAUGCCAGAAAACCAGUAUCCAUCAGAACAGAGAUUUCAGAGACAGCUGUCUGAACCCUGCCACCCCUUCCCUGCGCAAUCAGGAGUUCCUGGAGAUAAUCGCCCCAGUUACCACCGGCAAAUGUCUGAACCCAUCGUCCCUGCUGCUCCUCCUCCACCCCCUCAGGGAUUCAAACAAGAAUACCACGACCCGCUAUAUGAACAUGGGGUGCCAGGGAUGCCAGGCCCCCCAGCUCAUGGGUUCCAGUCACCAAUGGGAAUCAAGCAGGAGCCCCGGGAUUACUGCGUUGAUUCAGAAGUGCCUAACUGCCAGUCAUCUUACAUGAGAGGGGGCUAUUUCUCCAGCAGCCACGAAGGUUUCUCAUAUGAAAAAGAUCCCCGGUUGUACUUUGAUGACACUUGUGUUGUGCCUGAGAGACUGGAAGGCAAAGUCAAACAGGAGCCGACCAUGUAUCGGGAGGGGCCCCCUUACCAGAGAAGAGGGUCCCUUCAGCUGUGGCAGUUCCUGGUCACUCUUCUUGAUGACCCAGCCAAUGCCCACUUCAUUGCCUGGACAGGCCGAGGCAUGGAAUUUAAGCUGAUUGAACCCGAAGAGGUUGCCCGGCGUUGGGGCAUCCAGAAGAACCGGCCAGCCAUGAACUACGACAAGCUGAGCCGAUCUCUGCGCUAUUACUACGAGAAGGGCAUCAUGCAGAAGGUGGCUGGAGAGCGAUACGUCUACAAAUUUGUCUGCGACCCAGACGCUCUGUUUUCCAUGGCUUUCCCGGACAACCAGCGUCCCUUCCUGAAGGCGGAGUCCGAGUGCCACCUCAGUGAGGAGGACACCCUGCCGCUGACCCACUUUGAAGAAAACUCUGCUUACCUCCUGGAUAUGGAACGCUGCGGCAGCCUCCCCUACGCUGAAGGCUUUGCUUACUAAGUUUCUGAGUUGGCUGAGCAGCCAAACCCUAGAGCUAGCAGUUCCCAUUCAGGCAAACGAGGGCAAUGGUUUUGUUUGUGUUUUUGGCUGUUCCUGAAGCUUGCCCUUUGAGUAUUAUCUGAAGAACCCAUGCCGUGUCUGGAUCGACACCCUUCAAUGAGACAGAUCCCUUGGCAGGGCAGUAGGAACAGGGAACAGGGCUGAAAAGCUCCAAAGGCUGGUGCCUCCGCUCUGAUUCUCAUGAGGUUACUGGGAAGAGAUCAGGAAUGGAGCCUCCCUGCCAUGGACAAUAUAUGCAAAGCAAUACCUUGUUCAGGUCAGUGCCCGCCGGACGGGACAGAGUGUGUGACAAUCCGCCUCUAUCACGGACUACUAAAUGCCUUGACAUAGAAGGGCUCUGAUUUGCACAAUUCAUCAACAAAAGAAAUCACAAACCCAUAGAAGAGUAGGUAGCCUAAGUCGGGAGGCUUGAAGCAUUCAGGGUUAGAAAGUGGAUCUGAAAAUUUGGAGAGCUCUUCUGGCUCCAUCCAAAAUGGGUCCCUUUGAGUCUGGAAAAACGGGGAAGGAGCCAGAGCAGCCAUUAACCUACUCCAUGGUUGUCAAAUCAGAAAACCAUUGCCGCUCUUGCGAACCAUGUGGUCACUAAGCAGAGCACGCCCCCUUUCUCUUCCUAGUUAUGUGGCUGAGCGUGGAUGGCUUUCAUUUUAGGAGAAGGACGAUUUAACACUUUUGACAAUAUUUUGUUUUGCUUUGAUUCAGGGGAUUGUUUUGUUUUGGUGGUUGCUUUGGGAAAACAGUUUAUAGACUGAUUUUUCUAGUUUUGGUAUUUAAAGCAAAAAGCAAAAACAAACAAAAAAAACAAAAAAAACAAACAAA